AUGUAUGCCCAUGAAAAUGGCUGUCCAUGGCGAGGGGGGACAUUCUACGGUGCUGCUGAGAAUGGCCAUUUCGAAAUUGUCAAAUAUUUGCAUGAGAAUGGAUGCCCAUGGGAUGCAACUACGUGUAGCUGUGCUGCUGCAAAUGACCACUUGGAUAUCCUCAAAUAUGCCCAUGAAAAAGGGUGUCCCUGGGAUGCAGAGGCAUGCAGUGAUGCUGCUGCAAAUGCCCACUUGGAUAUUCUCAAAUAUGCCCAUGAAAAAGGAUGUCCCUGGGAUGCAGAGACAUGCAGUGAUGCUGCUAGAAAUGGACAUUUGGGAAUUCUGAAAUAUGCCCAUGAAAAAGGUUGUCCCUGGGAUGAGAGACAUGCAGUGAUGCUGCUAGAAAUGGACAUUUGGAAUUCUGAAAUAUGCCCAUGA